GGCUGGCAGGACAGGGAUCCAGGGUGGACUGGUUCGCGAGGGAGCCCCGUUCCCACACAGCCGAAGGAGGCCACCUAGAGGGCGGACAGAGGCAGGGAGGGCCGGCAUGCCCCCAAUGCUGGUCCCCGCCCUGCCGCUUCUCCUGGGCGCCACGCUGACCUUCCGGGCAGUCCGGCACGCGCUCUGCCGCCUGCCCCUGCCCGCGCACGUGCGGGCCGACCCCCUGCGGACCUGGCGCUGGCACAACCUGCUCGUCUCCUUCGCGCAUUCCAUUGUGUCAGGGAUCUGGGCGCUGCUGUGUAUAUGGCAGACUCCUGAGAUGCUGGUGGAGAUUGAGAAAGCAUGGUCGCUUUCUGGCUACCUGCUUGUUUGCUUCUCCGCAGGGUAUUUCAUCCACGACACGGUGGAUAUCGUGAUUAGCCAUCAGUCAAGAGCUUCUUGGGAAUACCUCGUCCACCACGUCAUGGCUAUGGGUGCCUUCUUUUCAGGCAUCUUUUGGAGCAGAUUUGUUGGUGGGGGUGUCCUAACACUGCUGGUGGAGGUCAGCAACAUCUUCCUCACAAUACGCAUGAUGAUGAAGAUCAAUAAUGCCCAGCAUCUCCUCCUCUAUCGGGUCAACAAAUACAUCAACUUGGUCAUGUACUUCCUCUUCCGCCUGGCCCCUCAGGCCUACCUCACCCAUCUCUUCCUGGGUUACGCUGGCCAGAGGACCCUGGGAACCUUCCUGCUGGCCAUCCUGCUCAUGCUGGAUGUCAUGAUCCUCGUCUACUUUUCCCGCCUCCUCCGCUCCGACUUCUGCCCCCAGCACGUCCCCAGCCACCAACACAAAGACAAGUUCUUGACUGAGUGAAAAAAGUUAGGGAUUUGUGGCAAGGACAGCAAAAACCAAGAACAGCCUCACAGGAAUGGAGAAGAGGCUUAGCCCCUCGCCUGAGGUGUUCUGUGGGGGCCAGCCUCUCCACCAAGCCUGCUCCUACUAUUUAAAACAAUAAUGAAAGAAUGCCUCUGAAGUCCUUGUCCUUUCUUGGGCAAGGGGUGAGGGAAGCAGAGACUGGAUGGAUGCAGUAGAUGGGUAUGGGGAAAGGUGCUACUGCAAAACCAGCCA